AUGCCGUGUUUCGGCUUUCGGGCAUACCUCUGGACCGUUGACGGCUGGUGGUGCUUUAUUUCCACGGCUCGUCACGAGGAUAGGCCCGCUCACUCGCGGCAACGUACGCUAGACCAGCUUCACCAGGCGAGCUAUUUUGCUCUAACCAUGCAGGAGCAAUCUUCUGCGGGGGUAGAACAGCAAACACUGCACCGCUUCGCGGUGCAGUAUCUGCUGGGCCGUGUACACGGCGCAUCAGAUCAAGGGAAAAAGCCAUUAGAUGCGCGUAAAGCCGCCGAGGUGUUCGAUCAUUUGAACAACAAGGUUCUCGCGGCGGGCCCCGUCGACACAGCGCUGCUGGAUGAUGUAGAUGUAGAAGAGAUCAAGGAGAGCAUUCCUAGGGUGAGGUAUAUCCGCCGGAGUGACACCGGGAAGACCUCUGGUGCGUCAGCAGCAGACGACGCGCGGCUGCUUGCCCGUAACAAACCGUACGUGUUCGACGCUAGGAGGCGGUCUUUUCUCUCUGCACCCAGACGAGAUGAAGGACCGCUGCCUCACGGCACGCCUGGCACAGGCAACAGCUUCCGUAUGUACCGUGUCCCCACGCUGAGGACGGCUGAUGGUGAUGCGCGGCGCUGGUUACCCCAGGGUAUGAUGGUGUGUGCUGGCUUCCGCAUCGCAGAGCGACUCGUCGCCUGCAGGCUCUGCCGCGUCGCACUCUCCUUGCGUAUCGUCGCGGCCCCCUUCGACAGGGUCCUCUUACUCUGGAAACGCCUGAUUAGCGUAACGUCUGGAUCCACAACUGACAGUAAACUUGGGUGUUUGUCCCUGGGCCAGUCGUCUUCGCAUCGCUUUCUGCGAACGUGCAUAGUACUGAUAGUCCAUGUAGCGGUGGUGAAGCCGGCCCCAUGCGCAAGCGGUGCACGAGCGCGCCGCCGAGCGAACAGAGAUCUUGCCUUCGCGCCGCAGUCAGACUCGGAUGCUUCAGAUGGGGACAUAUCGCCUGAGAGCCGUCCCCCGCGUCGGAGACGUUCUAAAAGCAGCCGCACAGAAUCAGCUGACGCUUCGGUCAAAUGGUCUUCGGGUGGGGCGUCGUCGCUGUCCACGAAUAAGACUACAGGGUCAGAAUCUUUGACCCCGCAGGAGCGACGCGUACGCUUUAGUUCUCUCCUGCGCUACUCGUCAUCGGAUAGUUUCGGUUUGUCUUCGUCUGAUACGGAUUCCAGUGACAGCGAGGCCUGCUGCGCUAAGGAAGAGGAGGAGGGAAGAGAAGGUGAAGGCGAAGGCGAACGACACGAAGUAGUCGACAAGAAAGGCGCCGAAGACACAGCCGCACCUAGUAGCGGCUCCUGCGUGCUGCUGCGAUCUGUAGUGCUAGAAAACACACCGCUUGCCGGCCUGCAAUCAAAACAUGAUCAGCGGCGUUGGUCAGCCGGACGACGUUCUAGGCGGUCCUUAUUUGGACGAGGAAGAUUACGAGAUGCGCGGUCAAGGGCUGAUCGAGUAUUGCGUCACCAAGACGCCGAACUCAUGCUUUGCAACUUGGCGCGUGAGGAGAAACAGUCAUAUGAGCCGCGUGCCCAUGGUGGAGGCUCUCUUAUCAGUCGUUUCGAUACAACGUUUUAUUACGGGAUAUUGGACGAAAUUAACCCAUGGGUGACGGCAACCGAGCUAGGGCUUGUUUCCCCCGUCUUGACGCGUUCUGCAGCAGUGCAGAAACUGCGCUGCAGUCAGGGCGGGGGAGGCCCAUGCAAAAUGAUAGAUGCUGCAGCGUCGACUCUGAACGCGGUGAUACGGCCACACCCCCCCCCACAACCAGACGUUCUCCUGGGGGAAGUACGCAGAGUAGCGAUCCGGGAAGCCGUUUCAGUUUAA